AUGAAGCGCAUGACACGAAAUGGCCCACCAAAGGUGCACUUGCUUAUGGUCUUUCAGGGCUCCUGCUACUUUUUCUCCCUGGACAACCUCACCUGGACCCAGGCUAAUGAUUCUUGUGCCCAGAAGCAAGCUCACCUGGUUAUCAUCAACAGCCGAGCAGAACAGGACUUCCUGACAUCAACUGAGCAGGUGACAUCCUGGAUAGGCCUCUUCAAAGAGGGCCAGAAAGGAAACCACAGGUGGAUGGAUGGCUCAACCCCCACCUACACUAACUGGGAGUCCAAGAAGCUACAUGAUAAUGGAACUGCCCCCGCCUGCAUGAUGAUACACAACCAUGGAUACUGGAGCAACUUCUCUUGUGAAUCAGGGAGAUUUGCUUUCAUUUGUGAGAGGCGACAGAACUGCUAACCAAGCCCUUAUACUGCACUUCCUGGGACUGAUGCAGAACCCUUGAUAUACAGCCUCAAGCCCUAUCCCUGCCUUCUCUGGGUUCUGAGUUCACAGAGGCAACAAUAGAGGACAUUUCUCCAAAGACUAGUGUCCUUUUCUUGGCAUUGGGCUUGCUCACCCUUUAUUUCCUUUCCCGAUUUCUGCUGAGUGGAAUGUUCCAGAAGCAGUCCUGGGCCCAUCCUUGCAGGAGAAUGAUAAUUCUUAACUUCCAUUAAAUCCAGGCUUGGCCACGAUCUUGCUUGAGCCAAUGAAAUGUGAUGGGAAUUGACAUGUGCCACGUUAAGCAGGAAUCUUUUUUAAAAAAAAUUUUUUUUUCAACACUUAU